AAGAGCUGCGCGUGCGCGUACGUAAACUAGCAGCCUUUUCUAAUUCUGCACCGACGUAUGUCUUUUUCUAUCGGGGAAAAAUUACAUACUCUACGUUUAGUAAACACAAACAGCAGCAGCCCUGCCCCGACGCGCCCCAACCGCAAGCGGAGCUGUCAUGUGGCAGGAGGCCCGCAAACAUGAGCGCAAACUGCGUGGAAUGAUGGUGGACUACAGACGCCGUGGGGAGAGACGGCGAGAGUUCUAUGAGAAAAUUAAAAAGGAUCCAGCCCAGUUCCUGCAGGUUCAUGGCAGAGCCUACAAAAUCCACUUGGAUUCUGCCGUAGCCCUAGCAGCUGAGAGUCCCAUCAAUAUGAUGCCUUGGCAAGGAGAUACCAACAACAUGAUUGAUAGGUUUGAUGUCAGGGCACACCUGGACUACAUCCCCACCUAUACACCACCUCUCCUGAACACAACCACCCCAGAGCAGGAAUCCGAAGAGAGGAAGUGCAAUUAUGAGCGCUACAGAGGUCUGGUGCAGAAUGACUUUGCAAACAUCUCUGAAGAGCAGUGUUUGUACCAGAUCUAUGUGGAUGAACUUUACGGUGGCCUGCAGAAACCAAAUGAGGAUGAAAAGAAAAAACUUGCUGAGAAGAAAGCUCAAAUCGGAUAUACCUAUGAGGACAGCACAGUGACUGAAUCAGAUGCACAGCUUGAGAAGGAAAAUGAAGAUGACUCUGAAAAUAGCGAGUCUGAGGAAGACGAGGUCAUCCCUGACAUUGAUGUUGAGGUGGAUGUAGAUGAACUGAGUCCAGAGCAGGUGACUGAGAUUAACAAGAUGGCUUCCACUUAUGGCAUGGCAGAAGGGGAUUUUGUCUGGAUGUUGAGGAAGGACAAGGAGGAAGUGGAGGCCAUUAAGUAUGCUAAAGCACUGGAGGCUGAGAAGGCCAUGUACUCUGGCAGACGAUCUCGCAGACAGCGCAGAGAGUUUAGAGAGAAGUAUAUGAAAGGCAGGCAGAUCAGCCCACCCAGCUAUGCCAGAAGAGACAGUCCCACAUAUGACCCCUACAAACGGCCACAGUCAGACUCAAGUUCAGAGACACGCUCUCGUUCCCGAACCCCAGGCAAUGACAAGAUCACCUUCAUCACUAGCUUUGGGGGCAGUGAUGAUGAGGGAGCCACAGCCACACAAGCCCCACCUGCAGCUGCACCAAGCCACAUCACCUCCAACUCCGCAGGUCAUAGCAGGGGCUCCCGCCGAAGACGCUCCUCCUCCAAUCAGUCUUCCUCACGGUCCUCCUCACGCUCAUCGUCCCAUUCCCGGCGGAAUCGCCGUUCUCGUGGGGGCAGAGACGGGGACAGCCGUUACUCUCGAACUCUGUCUCACCGACGGUCUGACUCCCGUUCGCAGCAGCGCAGUGGAGGAGGUGGCUCAAUGAGACGAUACGAAAGGACACGUUCUCGUUCCACAGAUCGGGACAGGGGUAGAGACCGAAACGGGAACAGAGAAAAAGACCGGGACAGGGGGAGGCACUACACAGGCCGUAGACGAACCAGGUCUCGCUCGCGUUCACGCUCAGCUGAUCGUUACCAGCGAAGGAGUCGCAGCUCUGCAUACAGGAGGGGUGGCAGUGUCAGUCAAAGCCCCUCCCACUCACCUGCUGCCAGCCUCAGCCCCUCCCCCUCCUCCUGUUCUGCUCAUCCUGCCUCUGCAACUGCUGACAAACUGAGAAAGCCUGAAACUCCGGGUGGUAAAGAAACUGGAGCUGCCAAACUUGUUCUAAAGUCAUUGUGUCCAUUGCAGCCCAAGAUGACACCCCAGGAAAAGCUCAAACUCCGUAUGCAGAAGGCUUUAAACAAGCAAUCCAAGGCGGAUAAGAAGGCAGCACAAGCCAAGAUCAUGCAACAGGAGAACAAGCGACAGGAACGAGAAGGUGUUUUGCGCGCAAUGGCACGGAAAAUACGCAUGAAGGAACGAGAACGGCGGGAGAAAGAGAGAGAUGAAUGGGAGAAGCAGUAUGGGCGACAGAGCCACUCGCCCUCCCCCAAUGCCAAACACGGUCGGGACUACAGCUCAUCCAGAAGGAGAUCACGGUCGAGAUCGAGAUCACGGAGUCCUCAUUACCGGUAGUGAAGAAUCACCUGAUAAAACAGCGAGGGAGUGCAGAAGACGAUGAGACCUGUCAAACAAAUGUGGAACAGAAAUCAAAUAGGACUAAAGGAUGACAAUAUUGAGAUUACACAUGAGUUUGGGAAAAUUACCAAUAAAAUGAUUUGACUCACUUCAGCUAUUCCUACAUCUUCUGAAGACUACACUGUAAAAUCUUAAUUAUAUGACUACCAUUGCUAAAAUCUGUAAAUUGUCUUGCUCUAAACACAUUUUCCCUUCCUUUUUUUUUUUUUUUUUUUUUUAUAUAUAACAAAUCAAAUUAGAUGGGUUGCCACGAUAAGAUAGUAGUGUUCGGAGCUGGAAACUUGAAUAGCAUCUUGCUUGCCUUUACAUUGGAGUAAAGUUUAAGCAGUCUAGUAUAAAAUUAAGAUUCAGAUUAACCCAUUUCUCUCCUGUGUCUCCUACCCACAUCCCAUUAAGCAGGGAAUUUGUAGGUGACCAUACAUCAUGUGAGAGAGCACAUCCCAUUAUUGUAAAUGUUGCCUUCGUUUAAGAAUGUGAUUGAUUUUGGCACACUGAAAUACCUAAUUUUAUUCAUGAAAUACCAACAGAAAAUUUUUUUUUUGAAUUCGUGCUUACGCAAAUUGUCUCAUUGAAUUCAAUUAAGAAUGGUUUUACUAACAAUAUAUGGACAAAUUAGUUUUGCUUGUGUUUCAUGAGUGAGGUCAAAUGUCUCUUUGUUUUUAAGUGCAGAUUCCAAAUGCCUAUUAUAUUUUUCCCAGCAAUGUAAAUGUCAGGAUAACUUCGUCCAAUAAUAUCAGGUGGUUUUGUCUUUCACUUAAAACAAUUUCAGAUGUGGGCAUUCAAAAUAAACUCUAAAAAGUAAUGUAUGAAAG